AUGGCGUCAGAAAACCAAGAAAGUCGCACCCUACACCUUGUAGGCAUUGGUGUUGGCCAUUCCAUCGCUCCGCCCAUGCACAACCACAUCGCACAGUCUCUUGGCCUUCCAUGGACCUUUUACGCCACGGAGUGUGCAACUCUCGAUGAUCUGAUGGAGCUUGCGAGAAAGAAUACUACGGCGGGUCUGGUUGUCACAAUGCCCUAUAAGAACGCCAUUCUCCCUCGUCUUGACGUCUUAGAUGACCUCUCCACCACCAUUGGUGCUUGCAAUAACGUCUAUCGUGAUUGGGAAGAUCCUAAGAAACUGCAUGGAACCAAUACCGAUUGGCGCGGCAUCAAGGGUUGUUUACUCGAGAAGGGAGAUCAGGCUGGUGUACCUGUUCUGAACAAGCCAGCCCUGAUAGUUGGUGCAGGAGGUGCGAGCCGAGCUGCUGUCUAUGCAUUGAACUCCUACUUCAAAUCAUCGGUUAUCUACGUGAUGAACCGCGAUACUCAAGAGGUGGAAGACCUCAUGAAAGAUUCGCAGAAGCUUUCGCCCAUCCCCAAGAUUAUUCACGUCAAAGAGGGUGAUGCUCAAAAUCUUGAGACACCAUACUACGUCGUUGGCACGGUUCCUGAUCUCGAACCUAAGACUCCUGAAGAACUCGCCGCCAAGGCGUCUCUCGAGGAGUUCCUUUCGCGUUCAGAAAAGGGCGUCCUACUCGAUAUGUGCUUCAAGCCCAGGCGGACUAGAAUGAUCAAGCUUGCAGAGGAAAAAGGAUGGCCAACUGUUGAAGGAACUCACGUUAUCGGGUAUCAGAUUGAGGAACAGUGGAGGCUUUGGGCUGGGCCUGAGAAGGUUAAGAAACUUGACAAGGAAGGAGCAUGGAAGGUUCUCAUGGCGGGAGCAGAGAAUAGUGCUGGGAUCAAUUUCUAG